AUGAGCUCCCUCGGUUUUGUAGCCUCCUCCCUCGAGGCCAUUCAUGCCUCCAAGGACGCCCAGCGCAACAAGCAGCUGCUCGAGCUGACCGAGAAGGCAAUCCAGGCAGUCAAGCCCGGCCAGUCCCAGCUCACCGAUCCCGAUGUCGUCUUUGCACCUCUGCAGCUUGCCACAAAGACUGGAAGCACCACACUUAUUACUCUCGCUCUCGACUGCAUCGGCAAGCUCAUCUCCUCGUCCUAUUUCUCCACGCCCCCUAGCGCAGGCGCAACCAACGAGGAUGGCACCGAACGAGCACCCCUAAUCGACCGCGCCAUCGACACCAUAUGCGAUUGCUUCCAAGGCGAAACUACUGUUGUGGAGGUCCAACGCCACAUAGUACAGGCUCUCCUGGCUGCCGUGCUCAAUGAUAAGAUCGUUGUCCACGGUGCUGGCCUCCUCAAGGCUGUGCGGCAGGUCUACAAUGUCUUCCUGUUGUCGAGAAGCACAGACACACAGCAGGCUGCCCAGGGCACCCUGACACAAAUGGUCGGCAUGGUCUUUGAGCGCGUCAAGGGCAGAUUGCACAUGAAAGAGGCGCGAUUGAAUUUGACCAGAUUGAAAAACAGUUCAAGCAAUGUCACUUUUGAUGCUCAGGAAGCUGCAAACGAUGCAGCAGAGGGCGAUGAGAACGCCGUUUCCGCCGUCAUAGACGACGAUGAACAAGAAGAUGCCUCAACGGUAGAACAGGAUUCCGAAACUGCCUCGUCCGAGGCUCCGAAUGAAGAUGACGGGGCUGGAAAACUCACCCUGAAAGAUUUAGAACACAGGAAGAGUUUUGAUGAUUCAAACCUCGGGGACGGACCUACCAUGGUCUCUCAGAUCAAGGCCAGAAAAGCUGCAAAAAAUAGUUCUGAGCAGACGGAAGGCGAAAACACACCAGAGGAUACGACCGAAUCGCUGGACGCUGAAGACGAAGUGUAUAUCAGAGAUGCCUACCUUGUCUUUCGUUCCUUUUGCAAUCUUUCAACCAAGAUUCUCCCUCCGGAUCAAUUAUACGACCUCAGAGGCCAGCCGAUGCGUUCGAAACUCAUUUCUCUUCAUCUGAUUAGGACGCUUCUCAACAACCACAUACACGUCUUCACAUCUCCAUUGUGUACCAUCACCAACACUAAGACCAGUGACUCCACCAACUUCUUGCAAGCCACCAAAUAUUACCUUUGCUUGAGUAUCACACGAAAUGGAGCAAGCUCCGUUGACCGCGUCUUCGAAGUCUGCUGCGAGAUCUUUUGGUUAAUGCUAAAAUUCAUGCGAGCCCCUUUCAAGAAAGAGAUCGAAGUCUUCUUGAAUGAAGUAUAUCUCGCCCUCCUAGCUCGGAAGAGUGCACCAUUGAAUCAGAAACUCUACUUCAUCAGCAUCCUUAACCGUUUAUGUGGCGACCCUAGAGGACUUGUGGAGCUCUAUCUAAAUUAUGAUUGCGAUAGGACAGUGGUCAACAACAUCUUCCAAACAAUCAUUGAGGACCUAUCCAAGUUCGCCACAGCUCCAGUCACAGUCACCCCGGCUCAAGAGCAGUUGUACGAGGAGAAAAGCUCUAAUACAAACCAAAAUACCGGUGCAGAAUGGCAGCUCAAAGGCAUGUUGCCUCCAGCCCUGACAGUCGUGCACAUCGUCCCUCCCGCCGAGCCCGAAUCAGAAAUACCCAAGGAAUAUUCGAUCAAGAGAGCUGCUCUUGACUCUUUGGUCGAUGCAUUACGGUCGCUAGUGAACUGGUCUAUGGUUGGGCGCCCUGAUAUCAACAAUGGAGCAAGCAACGGAGAAAAUAGAGCAUCAACCGAAGAUAUUCGUGAAUCGAUUGACCCUUCAAACAGCGAUAGUGCUUCCCGCAUGGAAACACCUUUGCCUCCUUCCACGCCAAUAAUUGAAGACGAUCCGGCUCAGUUGGAAAAGGAAAAGGCAAGAAAGACGGCCAUGUCGAAAGCGGUGCGCUUGUUCAACGAAAAGCCAAAGAGAGGUAUCAAGAUUUUCUUGCAGGAAGGCUUCAUUCCCAGCGACAGCCCCGAAGACAUUGCUAGAUUCCUCUUGUCCCACGAACAGCUCGACAAGGCUCAGAUUGGCGAGUAUCUGGGCGAGGGCGAUCCCAAGAACAUUGAGAUCAUGCACGCCUUUGUCGAUUCCAUGGAGUUUGCCAAGCGACGCUUCGUCGAUGCUCUUCGACAAUUUCUACAAUCUUUCCGGCUUCCCGGAGAAGCUCAAAAGAUCGAUCGUUUCAUGUUGAAAUUCGCCAAUCGAUAUGUCAUGGGCAAUCCGAAUGCAUUCGCCAAUGCUGAUACGGCUUACGUCUUGGCAUACUCUGUCAUUUUGCUCAACACUGAUCUACACAGUGCUCAGAUCAAGAAGCGCAUGACGAAAGAGGACUUUAUCAAGAACAAUAGGGGCAUCAAUGACAAUGCUGAUUUGCCUGAAGACUACUUGAACGCCAUAUACGAUGAAAUUGCCAACAACGAGAUCGUUUUGAAGAGUGAGCGGGAGGCCGCUGCUGCCGCUGGGACAUUGCCUGCUGCUGCCUCUAGUGGUUUUGCUGCUGGACUCGGCCAAGCUUUGUCAAAUGUUGGCCGCGACUUGCAAAGGGAAGCAUAUGUGCAACAAUCCGAAGAAAUUGCACUGCGGUCCGAACAACUUUUCAAGACUCUCUUCAAGAAUCAGCGCCGUAGUGCCGCGAAAGCUGGGAUUAAGUUCAUCCCCGCCACCUCAUUCCGUCACGUCGGGCCCAUGUUUGAUGUCGUUUGGAUGUCUGUAUUUUCGGCCUUGUCGAAUCAAAUGCAGAAAGCACACAACUUGGAGGUUAACCGCCUGUGCCUGGAGGGCAUGAAGCAAGCUAUCAGGAUCGCCUGUCUAUUUGACCUGUCAACUCCUCGUGAGGCUUUCAUGUCCGCCGUGAAGAAUGCCACCAACCUCAACAAUCCUCAAGAGAUACUGGCAAAGAAUGUGGAAGCUCUCAGGGUUAUUCUGGACUUGGGCCAAACCGAGGGCAACUACUUGCGAGAGUCAUGGAAGGAUGUCCUGCUCUGCAUCAGUCAGCUCGACAGACUACAGCUCAUCUCUGGUGGUGUCGAUGAGGGUGCUAUUCCGGAUGUCUCUAAAGCACGUUUUGUCCCACUUGAGAGGACAAAUACCAAUGAUUCGAGGAAAUCGACAGCCUCUACCAAACGUCGCAAUCGCUCAAACACUGCUCCCAAGGGAGUCUCGUCAGAAAUUGCCUUGGAAAGCAGGUCCGAGGAGGUGAUCAAGGGCAUCGAUCGAAUUUUCAGCAAUACCGCCAAUUUGAACGGGGAAGCAAUUGUUCAUUUUGCCAAAGCCCUCACCGAAGUCAGCUGGGACGAGAUCAAGGUUUCUGGGUCAAAUGAUUCUCCCCGAACUUACAGUUUGCAAAAGGUUGUCGAAAUCAGUUACUACAACAUGACCCGAGUACGAUUUGAGUGGACCAGCAUUUGGGCUGUCCUAGGAGAACACUUCAACCGGGUAGGAUGCCACAACAACCCUGCAAUUGUCUUCUUCGCCCUCGAUUCGUUGCGACAACUCUCCAUGCGUUUCAUGGAAAUCGAAGAACUGCCAGGUUUCAAGUUUCAGAAGGACUUCUUGAAGCCAUUUGAGCACGUCAUCUCCAACUCGAACAAUAUCUCGGUCAAGGAUAUGGCACUGCGCUGUCUGAUUCAGAUGAUUCAAGCACGCGGCGAGAACAUUAGGUCCGGCUGGAGGACUAUGUUUGGAGUAUUCACGGUUGCUGCCCGAGACCCACACGAGUCCAUUGUGACUUUGGCUUUCGAAAAUGUUUCUCUGAUCUACAGGACAAGAUUCGGCGUCGUCAUCUCCCAAGGAGCCUUCACCGAUCUGAUUGUCUGUCUGACCGAGUUCUCCAAGAACAUCAAAUUCCAGAAGAAGAGCCUCCAGGCUAUGGAGACUCUCAAGUCAAUAAUUCCUCGCAUGCUCAAAGCUCCCGAGUGUCCGCUGUCUGAGAAGUACAACCAAAACGCUGCUUCGGAUGCCAAUGGAUCAAAGUCGGCAGAUGUACUCUCUAGAAAACAAAGCGGGACAUCCGUGGAGGAAGGCUUCUGGUUCCCUGUCCUCUUUGCAUUCCAUGAUGUUUUGAUGACAGGUGAGGACCUCGAAGUACGUUCAAAUGCUUUGAAUUAUUUCUUCGAGGCGCUCUUGAAAUAUGGUGGUGACUUUCCACCGGACUUUUGGGACAUACUUUGGCGCCAGCAAUUGUAUCCCAUCUUCAUGGUACUCAGGUCGAGACCUGAGCUGUCCAAUGCCCUGAAUACCGAGGAUCUCUCUGUGUGGUUGUCCACCACUAUGAUUCAGGCUCUACGAAACAUGAUCGUGUUGUUCACGCACUAUUUUGACUCACUUGAAUAUAUGCUUGAUCGCUUCUUGGAACUAUUAGCACUUUGCAUCUGCCAAGAAAACGACACCAUUGCGAGGAUAGGAAGCAAUUGCUUGCAGCAGCUUAUUCUGCAAAAUGUGACAAAGUUCAGUGAGGAGCACUGGGCCAAGAUUGUCGGGGCAUUCUGCGAACUUUUCGAACGGACUACAGCUUAUCAGCUCUUCUCAGCCACGACUAUUAACACACCAUCAACCUUGUCACCACCGCCAAAUGGCCUUGGAUUCGAGGUCCCGCUGACACCGACUGAGAGCGAUGAGAAAUCUCUUGAAAUUAAUGGCGAUGACAAAAACGGCAUGCCAUCUGGAUCAGACUCAGCGACCAUCUCGGUGCCGUCGACCGCUCCCGAUGAGGAUGCGCUUAAAACGCCCACUAAUUUGACCGCACAAGCUCCCCUGGAAGACUACAAACCGUCGUCUGAUCUGCAGAAACAACCCGUCGUUGUGACAGCUGCGCGGCGACGAUUUUUCAACCGCAUCAUCUCCCGGUGCGUGCUGCAGCUCCUCAUGAUUGAGACUGUAAAUGAGCUAUUCUCCAAUGACGACGUCUACAAGCAAAUCCCUAGCAUGGAGCUUUUGCGACUGAUGGCAUUGCUCAAAAAGUCAUUCAUGUUUGCCCGCCGUUUCAACAAUGACAAGGAAUUGCGCAUGCGGCUCUGGCGUGAAGGCUUCAUGAAGCAGCCACCGAACCUUUUGAAACAAGAAAGUGGCUCAGCCGCCACCUACAUACAGAUCCUUUUCCGUAUGUUCGCCGAUACUUCGCCAUCGCGAGCGGAGAGCAGACCGGAGGUGGAAAAGGCCUUGAUCCCACUUUGCAAGGACGUUAUCAAGGGGUACAUUGCGCUGGAGGAGGAGUCACAGCAGCGAAAUAUUGUCGCAUGGCGCCCAGUCGUUGUCGAUGUAUUGGAGGGCUAUUCUACAUGGCCCGAGAGGGAAUUUGAGGAGCAUGUUCACUCAUUUUACCCGCUCGUGGUCGAGCUGUUAGCCAAGGAAAUCAGUGCUGAAUUACGUGGAGCUCUCCUCGCGGUGCUCAGAAGAGUUGGCGAGGUUGCCUUAGGCAUUCAGGGGAUGGUCAGCGGAGGUCGAAGAGCGAGCAUUGCAAGCAAUAUUACGGAAACUGUGAUACCAGCUGCCGAUAACGGGGAGGAAGAGGGCGAAGUCGGUACCAGGACAAUGCGUGUCUGA